CAUUUCUUGGCCCCAUUAUAAAAAAAAUCUUCCUCCCCAUAAAGCCCCAGCUCCAUUGGUGAUCUCCGUAUGGAAAGACGCCACAAAUUUCCAAUAGCUGUGUGAGUCAAACUCGUGCAGAUCAGGUUGGACUUUGAUUGAAAAGAUCCCAUUCAAUCUCCAGCUUUUGUGAGCUGUAUCACUAUAAAAUCCCCCAUGUCCAUGGACCAUGCUCUGGCAUGUGCUUCUUCUUUGGUUCCCUGCCAAGAGGUGGUUGAAGAGCCCCUGCUGAAUUCCUUGCUCUCCAUCAAACAAGGCCUCAACAUGUUCAUCAUAGAAGACAAAGGGGGCGCCAUUGCCAUCAUGUGCGCCUCCCUCUUUUUUCUGGGCACGUGGCCAGCGGUGCUUACCCUCUUGGAGCGCCGGGGACGGCUGCCGCAGCACACAUACCUCGACUACUCCAUAACGAACCUCCUUGCGGCCGUCCUCAUAGCGCUUACCUUCGGCCAGCUUGGGGAUGCAAAGCACAACAUGCCCAAUUUCUUCACUCAGCUCAGUCAGGACAACUGGCCUUCAGUGAUGUUUGCAAUGGCAGGGGGUGUUGUGCUCAGUGUUGGGAACCUCUCAACACAGUAUGCUUGGGCAUAUGUGGGCCUCUCAGUCACUGAGGUUAUCAGCUCAAGCAUGGUUGUUGUUAUAGGCACGACACUAAAUUACUUCCUGGACAAUCGCAUCAACAAGGCAGAGAUUCUUUUCACUGGAGUGGCAUGCUUCCUUGUUGCAGUCAUCCUUGGCUCUGCUGUUCAUGCUUCCAAUGCGGCUGACAAUGAAAAGAAACUCAGUGAAUCCACAAAUACCUACAAACUUGGGACGGAUGGAGGUACGGAGAGAGGCAAACAAGUUAUAGACAAAGAUGCUCCGAAGGACAUGGAGAAUGGAGCUUCUGCAGAGUGUGACACCAAAGCCGAAGCUGGAACUGCAGAAUACCUAAUUGAGCUCGAAGAGCGCCGUUCAAUUAAGGUAUUUGGAUCAAGCACCUUUAUAGGGCUUGGGAUAGUUUUCUUUUCUGGCGUCUGCUUCUCUCUCUUCUCCCCGGCGAUCAACCUGGCCACCAAUGACCAGUGGCACACCCUGAAAGACGGUGUCCCGCAUUUGGUGGUCUACACCGCCUUCUUCUACUUCUCCAUUUCGUGUUUUGUCGUCGGUAUCGGGUUGAACAUCUUGUUCCUCUACCGUCCAAUGGCGGGCGUGCCAAAGUCAUCCUUCAAGGCCUACCUGAAUGACUGGGAAGGCAGGCAAUGGGCUCUUCUUGCCGGCUUCCUUUGCGGUUUCGGCAAUGGCUUCCAAUUCAUGGGUGGUCAGGCUGCUGGUUAUGCAGCUGCUGAUGCUGUUCAGGCAUUGCCGCUUGUGAGCACAUUUUGGGGUAUCCUGCUAUUUGGGGAGUACCGAAAGUCGUCGAAGAAAACGUAUACUCUGCUCGUGUUCAUGCUGCUCAUGUUUAUCGCAGCUGUAGCAACACUCAUGGCUUCAGCAGGUCACAGGAGCACAAAAUGAUCUGUUUCCCCAUCCUUUCAUCAGUUAUUCUACCUUGCAGCUCUUUCUGCCACAAGGCGAAGAAAUCCAGACAGGAAGACAAGGGACUUGAGCCCUUGACCAAGGAAGCAGGCCAUGCCAACACAAAGUGAAUUCCAUUCAUGAAGUUUUCGUUUGAAUGGAGCUGUACAUAACCACAAAAAUGGCAGAUGUUGAUGCAUAUUUCAAGUUAGUGCAGGAUAUUAUAUAUAAAAGGAUGUGUUGUUCGUUCUUAAAGUCUAUAGCCAAUAGUACUAGGAAGCAGGACUCGCCAGAAUGCUACGAAAGAUCACUAUGAAGUUACUAUGUUUGAUUUGGAUGCAGUUUAGCUUCAAAAUCAAGAGUUUGAAAUGGUGGGAA